GUGUGUCUCGGGGUGUGUUUGUUUGUGAGAGGAAGAGGCUGGUUGGAUUUUGGGCGGGGUCUGAGGAGAGAGAGAGGGAAGCGGAGAAAACCGAAAAACCUCCCGAUCCUCCUCCUGCUGCUCCUCCUGCUGCUCCUGCAGCACACAGACAAAAGGAGACCGGGACAACACACACGCGCACACACACACAGACUCGCACGCUCACACACAGACGGCCAGAGCGCGGCACAGACGGACGGACAGCCGGGAGGAUGGGCCGGCGGAGCGGCCGUCGGUAGCGCUCUGAUUUCGGGGACGGAGCUCCAGGAUGAGCGUAGCGCUGCAGGACCUCCGGAACACCAUGUCCAGCUAUAAGCGAGCGACCCUGGAGGAGGAGGAGGUGUCCGACGCGCCGGCUGAGGCGGCCUCGUCUCCUGACAGAGUGGAGGUGGGCUUCAGGAAGGGUGGUGUGGACAUCCUGGGGAGGAGGACUCAGCUGGAGGUCCUGCUCUCAGUCCUGCUGCUGGCUGCCCUCCUGGCUCUGCUGGCCUGCCUGGUGGUCCUGGGACUCGGCUUCAGCUCAGACAGUGGGCGUGGCCUGUGUCUGUCAGAGGCCUGUGUCACUGUGGCCAGUCAGAUCGUGGAGGCGAUGGACCGCAGCGCUGACCCCUGCCAGGACUUCUACCAGUUUGCCUGCGGAGGCUGGAUGAGGAAGAACCCGCUGCCUGACGGACGCUCGCGCUGGUCCACCUUCAACAGCAUCUGGGAGCAGAACCAGGCGCUGCUCAAACACCUGCUGGAGAACGGGACGUUUAACGGCAGCAGCGAAGCAGAGAGGAAGACUCAGUCCUACUACCUGUCCUGCCUCAACACCCAGAGGAUCGAAGAGCUCGGAGCUCAGCCUCUCAUAGACCUCAUCACCAAGAUUGGAGGCUGGAACAUGACGGGUCCCUGGGACAAAGACAACUUCAUGGAAGUUCUGAAGGUGGUCUCCGGUCCGUACCGAGCUCAGCCGUUCUUCAGCGUCGGAGUCAGCGCCGAUCCCAAAAACUCCAACAGCAACGUCAUUCAGGUGGACCAAUCGGGGCUCUUUCUGCCGUCCAGAGACUAUUACCUUAACAAGACAGCCAAUGAGAAGGUGUUGGUGGCGUACCUGGACUACAUGGUGGAGCUGGGGAUGCUGCUGGGGGGCGAGAGGAGCUCCACUCAGGCUCAGAUGCAACAGAUUAUGGACUUUGAGACAGCGCUUGCCAACAUCACCGUCCCACAGGACCAGCGGCGAGACGAAGAGAAGAUCUACCACAAGGUCACCAUCGCGGAGCUGCAGCUGCUGGCUCCAGCCAUCGACUGGUUGGACUACCUGUCGUCCUCUCUGUCUCCUCUGGAGCUAAACGACACUGAACCCGUCGUCCUGUAUGCCAAAGAGUACCUGCAGCAGGUGUCGGAGCUGAUCAACAAGACAGACCGCAGUCUGCUGAACAACUACAUGAUGUGGACGUUGGUUCAGAAGAGCGUUGCCAGUCUGGACCAACGCUUCGAGAACGCUCAGGACAAACUGCUGGAGAGUCUGUAUGGAACAAAGAAGUCCUGCACCCCGCGCUGGCAGACCUGCAUUGGGAACACUGACGACACCCUGGGCUUUGCGCUGGGAGCGCUGUUCGUCAAGGCAACGUUUGACAAACAAAGCAAAGAGAUCGCUGAAAAGAUGAUCAACGCCAUCCGGUCGGCGUUCAAAGAAGCGCUAGACCAACUCAGCUGGAUGGACGACCAGACGAGACAGGCUGCAAAGGACAAGGCAGAUGCAAUCUAUGACAUGAUCGGAUUCCCAGAAUUCAUCCUGGACUCCAAGGAGUUGGACGAUGUUUAUGACGGGUAUGAAGUGUCAGACGACAGCUUCUUCCAAAACAUGUUGAACUUCUACAACUUCUCUGCUCGAGUGAUGGCCGACCAGCUGAGGAAGACUCCCAACAAAGACCAGUGGAGUAUGACUCCUCCUACAGUUAAUGCCUACUACAUGCCCACUAAGAACGGCAUCGUCUUCCCUGCUGGGAUCCUGCAAGCUCCCUUCUACGCCCACGACCACCCCAAGGCACUGAACUUUGGUGGAAUUGGGGUGGUGAUGGGCCACGAGCUCACGCAUGCCUUUGAUGAUCAGGGUCGUGAGUAUGAUAAAGAGGGAAACUUGAGGCCGUGGUGGCAGAACUCGUCCGUGGAGGCGUUUCGUCAGCGAACCGAGUGUAUGGUGGAUCAGUACGGCCACUACACCGUCAACGGCGAACACAUCAACGGAAAACAGACACUCGGAGAAAACAUCGCUGACAACGGGGGGCUAAAGGCCGCGUAUCACGCCUAUCGGUCAUGGAUCCAGGGAAACGGAGAUGAGAAAAGACUUCCUGCUGUCAACCUGACCAAUGACCAGCUCUUCUUCGUUGGAUUUGCCCAGGUGUGGUGCUCAGUUCGGACACCAGAGAGCGCUCACGAGGGCCUGGUGACCGACCCCCACAGUCCUCCCCGAUACAGAGUCAUCGGCACGCUCGCCAACUCUCCGGACUUCAGCCGCCACUUUAACUGCCCUGAAGGGACACCCAUGAAUACGGGGAAGCGCUGCGAAGUCUGGUAGUCAGACCUGAAAGGACCAGCUUGGGGUGGUGCAGGAAUGGGGGGGGGGUCAGUCUGUCAGCUGAUGGGUUGACAGACUCGUUAGUGUCUUAAUUAGAGUUCAGGUUCUUGGGGGGGGGGGGGGCAGGUGUAAUCUUCAGCUUCAGUUAAUCUGUAACUUAGUGACGAUCAGACUCACUUCCUGUGUGGAAACUAAACGGACUCGGUGGACGUCACACAGACACGAAGGACUGACGAGGAAGAAGAAGCCACGUGGGCGGUGUCGAUGAUUCCUGCUUUUAUCACUGUCAUUGAUUAAUAAUGUUAUUAAUGGGCUUUGGUUGGUGUGUGUGUGUGUGCACGUGUGUGUGUGUGCGCGCGUGUGUGUGUGUGUGCGCGCGCGUGUUGUCCAUUGUGUGGAAGAGCUCUAUAAUUCCGCCUCCUAUGACAUCACUGAUGACCUCAUACAAAGUUGAACUGUUACAUAAUCAGUCAUGGCUGUGUGUGUGUGUGUGUGUGUGUGUGUGUGUGUGUGAUUGGCCACUCAGUUAUUGAGGAAGCUUUCGUCUCAUUGGCUGGAAGGUUUUCAGUUUUAGGGGUGUAGAUUAGGAUUAAAGAGAGGAACGAGGGUUUCGUGGGUUAUUUAUGAGGUUUUAAGCAUUUAAACACUUUUUCUCAGAUUUAUCUCCUCGAUCCGUUUCUUGUGUAGAUAAUCUGUCAGAGUCCUUUGUCCAAAUUGAAUCCACGCUGUAACCACUGUCUUACGCUAAAUUAAGACAGAUGUGAUAUAUUUUAAAAGGUUUUCCAUCAUUUUGUAAUCUAUUACAACCCUUUAAUGAGUCUGUCGAGGAUUGCCUUAAAGCCAGCGUUAUCUUUAGGUAACACAGAGCAUAGCUCACCUUCCAGUUUGCACAGUUUAACCGACUCACUACGUUAACGCUCUGCAACCACUAAGUAACACACUGUUAUCAGGAGACACAGCCUCACUUCCAGGUAAAGACCAGUGUCAGUGAAUCAAACAGUGAGUAGAGAGGAAACAGCUUAAAACCAAAACCUGAUCCUAAAACUGAGUUUUUCAAAAUAUUUCAAAACAAAAUGCCCUCCAAACACAAUCCUAUAUCUCACAAAAAUAGACGAUUUAUUUGCAUGGUGUUUUGGUAGUUCAUCUUUAUCAGGUAAACGGGGAACCUCUGAACAUCUACCACGUCACAGUGGUCUGGUUCACAUGCAGCUCCACAUAACCAGUUUUCACCCAUUUGCCAACAAAACAACUUAAAACAGAAGUGGGAAAUAUACGCUGGUGGGUGAAACUGGGCGUGUUGAGUGUGUGGGCCGCUGGUGAAAUGGUGGAUGUUUAGAGCUUAGUGACACGGGAAGUAGUGGAAGUCAAUCAAAUUUCCCAGUUUUAUUUGUUUCUAAUGUUUUAUAAUAACUCAAGUUUGCUGUUUCAGACACUAGUUAUAGAAAGAAUCAUAAAUAUAUAAAAGUAUAAUGAAGUAAAGCUCACAGGACUGCAUUUCAGAUACAGUUUGUGCAACCAGUGAAAACACAAAACUGGAACACUUUAUCAUGAAGCUAACAUUUCCAGUCACGAUAAAACUAUAAAAAUAAAACAUGAUCUCCACAAUGAGCUAAGAAGCUCCACAUACUCCUAAUGUACUAGUAUAGAUAUCAAGCUACAUGCAGUCAUGUUUGUAGCCUUCAGAUUUUUUAUUAUUAUGUAUUUAAAUGAUUUUCUGUAGUUUUAAGCCGCUCGGUGCGCGGGGAAUGUGAUUGGCUGUAAGCUUGCAGGUACAGCUGAUGUAAUGGCUUCUCUUGUCACAAACCAUUUGCCUGAUCUUUGAGCGAGUCAGUGAGCAGGAGUCUGUCUUUGAAGCUCUGCAUCGGUCUUUCCCACUCUUUCAUUGCUUGAAAUAAUCGGCUGCUCACUGAGCUCGAGGUAUGAUGUGAUGUGACGGUGGCGUGAAGUUCAAAAUGGGUUCAUCAUCAGACCUCGGCAGUAAACAGCUGGACCAGGAGUGGGAUUACCUUUAGAAAUACUCAGAGUAAACAAAUAUGAGAGACUGUCGAAGUUAAAGAUCCAACACACAUUUAACCUUCAUUCGUUAAAGAACUGACGAUUUGGUACCUCAGACUUCAUUACCAACGAUUCCUUAAAACAUGGCUGAACUUUAGCUCCUGCCCAGUGCAGGUACAUGACUCUGACGACAGGUGGCGCUCUCGGCCCGCUCACCUGGACUUGAUCGCCUGAACCACAAGCUUAAUAUUCAUGUUAAAGUCAGUGUUGUGAUAAUAACCAUACACUGUGUAUUGUCAGUGUUUGUGCAUGUGUGGGUGUGGGUGUGCGUGUUUUGGAGUGUGUGCUGGCUUCGCCUCCCAUCCCGAUGACCUCACCGUCUAAUUCUACGCAGCUCCCAUGUGACGUCUUUUGUUCAGCAGAAGAAGAAGCAGCUGCUUCCUGCGAAAGAUGUGUCUGCGUGCGUUUGCGUGUUCUUGUAUGUCUAUCGUUGUGAGGACAAAUAAAAACUUUGGUUCUCCACUUUGGGACAGAUUUUACGAGACCCUUUAGAAGCAGGGUUAGGUUAUGAGUUGGGGGGUGCAUCACAUCUACAAGAGUCCUUGUGUAGGUAGAUGCAAUGAAGAUGCUUCUGCAUUGUAAGGACAUUCAGUCAUCCUCAGCUUUGCAGAUCCAGACUUGGUUGUUAAAUCAGUGAAGGUCCUCACAAGUGUAGACAGACAAGUGUGUGUGUGUGUGUGUGUCAGGAGUCGGAGCUGUGUAAUAAUCUGUGUGUACAGUAAACAACAAUAGAGCUGAAGUAGAAGAAACUCUGCUCAUUUUAAACUCUGUGUCUGUCCUGAAGGGGGCGUCAGGGCUCAUCCAAUCACAAGGCUGCGUGUCAGGUGGCUGCUGUGAGGGAAAAAACACCUUAAGUUUUAUCUGCUUUUAUUUUAUUGCCUGAGAAUGUAGAGAAAAGAAUGAGAAAUGUUUUCUAUCAGGCUGCAGAAAUGUAAUAAACACUGAACACACUCA